AUGGCCGUCAAUGGCAUUGACAGAAGAAGUUUGGCUCCGAGUCAGGUCGCUAAACGAAAGCAUGGGGAGGAUGAAGAGUGGUCGUGCACGGCGGUGCAAAAACGAAGUAAAGGAGAGCAAGCGGUGACGACUUCGCCGUUCAGGAGGCCGCUGACCCAGCUCAACGUCCGCCCCGCGUACCCCGACGGCGACAAACACGAGGAAUUCAUCCGUCGGAUCCUUUCCAAGCCGUUUAAAGUCCCCAUCCCAAAUUACACAGGCCCGUUAGGCAUCCGAACGCUCGGCCUGAGGCGAGCCGGGGUGAGGCGGGCGCUUCACGACCCAUUCGCCGAAGACGCCUUGGUUUUGUUUGAGCCCGAAUCGCUCAGCGCCCACGAGCAACUUAAAAUAGACAAGGACAAAAUUCCAGUCCACGUGGUCGUGGAUCCCAUCUUGGGGAAAGUGCUUCGACCUCACCAGAGAGAGGGCGUCAAGUUCCUGUGGGACUGCGUGACGGGGCGGCGCAUCCCCGGCUCCUUCGGCUGCAUCAUGGCCGAUGAAAUGGGCCUGGGCAAGACGCUGCAGUGCAUCGCCCUGGUGUGGACGCUGCUGCGACAGAGCGCCGACGCCAAGCCCGAGAUCGACAAGGCGGUGGUGGUGGCGCCCUCCAGCCUGGUGCGCAACUGGUACAACGAGGUGGCCAAGUGGCUGGGGGCGCGCGUGGCUCCCGUGGCCAUCGACGGAGGCUCCAAGGACGACAUCGACCGACAGCUUGUCAACUUCAUCUCCCAGCGCGGCCUCCGCGUCCCCACGCCGAUCCUCAUCAUAUCCUACGAAACCUUCCGGCUGCACGCCCAAGUCCUGCACAAAGGCCAAGUGGGACUCAUCAUCUGCGACGAGGGACAUCGGCUGAAGAACGCCGACAACCAGACAUACCAGGCCCUCAAUGCCAUGCGGGCCCAGAGGAGAGUGCUGAUAUCGGGCACACCCAUCCAGAACGACCUGCUUGAGUACUUCAGCUUGGUGCACUUUGUCAACUCCGGCAUUCUGGGUACGGCGCAGGAGUUCAAGAAGCGCUUCGAGCUGCCCAUCCUGAAGGGCCGCGACGCCGAUGCCAGCGACAAGGACCGACAGACAGGAGAGGAAAAACUCAAGGAGCUCAUCGGCAUCGUCAACAGGUGUUUAAUCAGGAGGACGUCCGACAUCCUGUCCAAGUAUCUGCCCGUCAAGAUCGAGCAGGUGGUCUGCUGCAAGUUGACGCCACUGCAGACGGAGCUCUACAAGCGCUUCCUGAGGCAGGCCAAGCCCGUCGAGGCUCUGCAGGGUGGCAAAAUCAGCGUCUCCUCACUGUCAUCUAUCACCUCGCUCAAGAAGCUCUGCAAUCACCCAGCUCUCAUCUACGACAAGUGCGUGCAAGGCGAGGAGGGUUUCCAAGGCACUUUAGAUCUUUUCCCGGCCGGCUACUCUGCUAAAAGCGUGGAGCCUCAGCUUUCAGGCAAAAUGUCGGUCUUGGACUUGAUCCUGGCCGUGACCAGGGCCACCAGCAACGACAAGGUAGUACUGGUGUCCAACUACACGCAAACGCUGGAUCUCUUUGAGAAGCUAUGCCACUCCAGGAGGUACCCGUACGUACGCCUAGACGGCACCAUGUCCAUCAAGAAGAGGGCGAAGAUCGUGGAGAGGUUCAACAGUCCUGACAACCCCGAAUUCAUCUUCAUGCUGAGCAGCAAGGCGGGCGGCUGCGGCCUCAACCUGAUCGGCGCCAACCGCCUGGUGAUGUUCGACCCCGACUGGAACCCGGCCAACGACGAGCAGGCCAUGGCUCGGGUGUGGCGUGACGGCCAGAAGAAGACCUGCUACGUGUACAGGCUGCUGUCGACGGGCACCAUCGAGGAGAAGAUCCUGCAGCGGCAGGCGCACAAGAAGGCGCUGAGCAGCUGCGUGGUGGACGAAGAGCAGGACGUGGAGCGACACUUCUCUCUGGGGGAACUCCGAGAGCUCUUUGCACUUAACGGGGACACGGCCAGCGACACCCACGACAAAUUCCGCUGCCGGCGCUGCGUCAACGGCAUCCAAACUCGCCCCCCGGCCCCCGAGGCCGACUGCACCAGCAACCUGUCGCAGUGGCAGCACUCAUGGGACAAGAAGGGGCUACGGGACCAAGUCCUCAAGGCCUCCUGGGACGCCGCAGCCGCCACCGUCUCCUUCGUUUUCCACCAGCGCUCCCACGAGGACCGCAGGGGCGUCGUAUGA